GAUAAGGGCGUGGCUACCCGAAGGGGGCGGGGAGAGACGCCCUUCUUGCCUCAUCAUGGGCCAAAAUGGCGAAGGGAGGCGGGGAUUUCAGAUGAGUGACGGUCCGCGGCCAGCGGCGCGUGGCGGCGGAGGUUGAAGGGAGCCUUGAGCGGCGGUUCCCUCGGCAGCGGCCAUGGCCGACUGGGUGUCCUAUUAUCGUGGCGACGGGCCGGACGAGGAGGAGGACGGCGAGCAGCAGGAGGAGGAGGGGCAGGAGGCUGUCGCGGACCACAGGUUCUCGGGGCGGGACAGCUUGAUUUUCUUGGUCGAUGCCUCCAAGGCCAUGUUCGAGCCCUACGAGGAUGAGGAGGCGGCCACUCCCUUUGACAUGACCAUGCAGUGCAUCCGGAAUGUGUACAUCAGCAAAAUUAUUAGUAGUGACAAGGAUCUGUUGAGUGUUGUGUUCUAUGGCACAGAGAACAACAAGAACUGUGCAGACUUCAAGCAUGUCUAUGUCCUUCAGGAGCUGGACAAUCCAGGUGCAAAGCGUAUUCUAGAGCUGGACCAGUACAGGGGAGAUGAAGGACGAGUACUUUUCCGUGAGACCUUUGGCCACAAUGCUGACUAUUCACUGGGUGAAGCACUCUGGGCCUGCUCUAAUCUCUUCAGCGAUGUCCGAGUCAGACUGAGCCACAAAAGGAUCAUGCUUUUCACCAACGAGGAUAACCCUCAUGCCAAUGAUAGUGCUAAGGCCAAACUGGCCAGGACCAGAGCUGGUGAUCUGAGAGACACAGGUAUUAUCCUGGACUUGAUGCACUUGAAGAAGCUCGGAGGAUUCGAUAUCUCUUUGUUCUACAGGGACAUCAUCAACGUAGCAGAGGAUGAGGACCUUGGGAUCCAGCCUGAUGAGUCAGGAAAACUGGAGCAUCUCAUGAAGAAAGUACGAGCAAAGGAGACAAGGAAACGAGCUUUAGUCAGGUUAAAUCUGUAUUUGAACAAAGAUCUGUCUUUCUCUGUUGGUGUUUACAACCUUAUUCAAAAAGCUUACAAGCCGUAUCCAGUGAAACUUUAUCGGGAAACUAACGAACCUGUUAAAACAAAAACAAGGGUGUUUAAUGGAAAAACAGGCAGUUUGCUUCUGCCUAGUGAUACAAAAAGGGCUCAGACAUAUGGAAACCGCCAGAUUGUGAUGGAGAAAGAGGAAACCGAAGAAGUGAAACGGUUUGAUUCUUCAGGCUUGUUUCUGAUUGGCUUCAAACCACUUUCAAUGCUGAAACAGCACCACCAUAUCAGGCCCUCCCAGUUCAUGUAUCCUGAAGAGUCUCUAGUAACUGGCAGUACAACUCUGUUUAAUGCCUUAUUGAUGAAGUGCUUGGAGAAAGAGGUGAUGGCACUGUGCAGAUACAUCGCCCGCCGGAAUACUCCCCCUCGCUUUGUGGCCUUGGUUCCUCAGGAGGAAGAGGUGGAUGAGCAGAAAGUGCAGAUAGCUCCUCCAGGUUUCCAUAUAAUUUUCCUACCAUAUGCAGACGAUAAACGGAAAGUUGAUUUUACAGAAAAGGUAGCAGCCAAUCGAGAGCAGGUGGACAAAAUGAAGGAGAUCAUUCAAAAACUCCGCUUCAAAUACAGGACUGACAGCUUUGAGAACCCAGUUUUGCAGCAGCACUUCAGGAAUCUGGAGGCUUUGGCGCUGGAUAUGCUGGAACCAGAACAAGCUGAGGAUCUUACAAUGCCGAAGACUGAAGAGAUGAGCCGCAGGCUUGGCAACCUGGUGGAGGAGUUCAAGCAGCUGGUUUAUCCUCCUGACUACAACCCUGAAGGGAAGGUUGCAAAGCGAAAACAAGCUGGUGAUGGUCAAGCAGAAAAGAAGCCCAAGAUAGAAAUCUCAGAAGAUUCACUGAGGAGUUACGUGCAGAGUGGCACUCUGGGCAAGCUCACUGUCUCUGCUCUGAAGGAUAUGUGCAGGCAUUACAGGCUGAGAAGUGGGGGGAAGAAGCAGGAACUCAUAGAUGCACUGACUGAAUACUUCAGUGGGCGCUAAGCAGGAAGGGAAGGCCAUGGUUGACUUCCACUUGCUUAAAGUUGUGGUUGUUGUACUUGAAUUCUGAGUUUGCUUAAUCUUGCCACGGAGGAGAAGGCCAAUGGUUGCUGAAUCUAGCACUGGAGAAACUUCUGACUUGUAGUUUCUAAGCAUUUCUGCAAACUCAGAUACCGUUCACAGUAGCAGAAUUAAAUGUCCUGCUAACUCAGGUUGCUCACAGAUCACAGUUGUGCCUUCCUGGUUUCUUAAUAAAGUUAUUUUGGACUUUUUUCUUUGCAACACCAGCUGUAUGAUCUUUUCAUCACAAAGACUGCAAAAUUCACUUAAACGUAAAUAAGAAAGCGAAUGAUUUGUGUGAUACCACAUGAACACAUGCAGCAGAUCAAGUCUGUCUGUCAACAGAGGAUGUAAACACAGUGAUUUAUUUUGCUGCUCUCCAAAACUGCCAGCAUCAGUGCUUGUAAUCAAAUUGUGUUCUUUUCCCCCAUCAGUGUAAUAAAGAUUACUAGCAGAUCACAAAGGAGAGAAUCAUUAUUAGUGAUCAGGAGCCAUUCUUUGGGCAGAACACCGACACUUCAUAGAGCUGUUCAGCCAGGUCUUCUUUUUUUAAAUGGUAAAGAAGAAAAAGUCAGUGUUCCAUGGAAAACUGCAAGCACUUAUCUGAGGUAAAUUACUGAAAUAGCGUAGUACUUUUCCACCUCUGUAGUGAGUAUGAGUCAGAAUGUUAUACAAGCUCCUGUGCCAAAACCUGUGCUCAGAAGUAGCAGAUUGUGGAGAGUAGCCCUUGUUUGUUACUCAGAGUAUUUUUAAAAUCAUACUGACAAAGCUGCAUCUGGGGUUGUACGUUUUGUUUUUUAAACUUUCACCCUUGGGAUGUCCCACCUGCGUUGCAGCACAAGAUGAGUUAAAAUGAUUACUUUGUGGCUAGUUGUUUAGCUGAACUGUAACUUAGCACUGAAUGCAGUCGUGGAAUACAUGAGGUAUUCAUUUUGGUCCUCACGAUGUUUGCGUUCAGCAGAUUCCCAUUUGGCACACUCCAUUAGGUAACUUAUUGAAGAGUUAAGUUGUAUAUUGAGGUCACGGCUGUGCUGUGAGUGCAGAAUAUGUAUUGGGAGCCAACUGAAAACAGCCUGAGAACUGUGACCACUCUAGCUGUACCACCACACUGCCCACUUCCACCUGCAGUGCAGAGCAGCUAACAUACUGAGCCCUGCAGAUUGAAACUUGUGUCUUACUUUCAAUCUGCUAGCAUUAUGAUAGGUAUUAAUAAAGAAUGUCUAAGCAAUAAUUCUUUUUGCCUUAGGUGGAGAAGUUACUGUAAAUGCUUGUCUUAGCAAAGCCUGAAUUGAGUGCAAUAUAAUAAUGAGACUACCUUAAUUUUGUGAGUUUUCCUAUCCUGGAUGCCCUUGUUAACUUCUGUCUUGGCUUGCUAACCCCCAGGCACAGUAUGUUCCAGGCUUUAGAUAAUUAUGUUUCUUCUAGGUUAUUACAUCUCCCUU